UCGCCGAUUCGGGCUUCUUCCCUGGGCCGUCCAUGUUGUUCAUGACGGGCGCUUGGCGAGGAGCUCGGCGAGGCGGACAUACGGCGCGAUAGCUGCCCGUAAUCACGCUCGGUCAGGCUCGGGCUUGUCGUCGGGCUCGUACUCGUCCGAAACGGCGUCUGCUUCUCCUCGGCCGGACGAGCUCGAGUCGUCGGUUACGAACUCAAGCUCAGGAUCGAGGAGCGAGCAUGUGCUCACAAUCUCAUCGGCUGGCGCUUGUGGCGGACUACGCCGGCAUGCGCUUGUCGCCAACCGUCGACACGACGUGGCGAGUGUGUUUGAGCCGAUGUCGUGCGGGCUGGCGAGCCACGCGGUGGCCGAGGCUGUGGUGGCGAGCAUGGCUCUGCACUUUGUGCCGUGUCUGUGGUGGACGUGCGAUCUGGGCAAAGGCGACGAGGGCCAAGUCCGCGGCAGCAUCUGGAUCGUUUCGGCACUGGUCCUCUUGAUUACCUUCGUGAUCCCGAUCCCCGGCAUCCGGCAGCGCGGCUCAUACGUCGAGACCGAGUACGGGCGGGUGUGGACAGCUGUCUCGGCAGACGAGCUGGCUAUCUCGACUGCUCGGCUGCCGGCGUGAGUCCAGAGGACGUUUGAUCGUUUGCUGCAAGCUACAACGCCGCUCAAUGGCGGUCAAACGGCGACAUGAUGCCGCCCGGGCACUUGCGCAGAGUGCACAUGUCAGGCGUGGAAAAGGCAUCGGCAGGCUGCGGUCCGACGGUAAAGUCGUGGAACUCCA